GGCCCGUGGGCCGUGGCGUAGCACGGCUUCCGGAAUUGUAGCGCCAUAAGCCCAUAAUGGUGCCAGCCGUAUUUUUUUUUAUCUGUUCCUCUUCUGCCGGUAAUCCGGCGGCCAACCACCGUUAAACCCUAAAGCCUUCCGACACAAACCCCCCUACUAAAUGUACCGCCUGCAGCUCGUCGGUCGCCGGGUGAAGCCGUCUCCGUCGCCGCAUCUCUCACUCUCCUUCACGCUUCUCUCGCGCAACCUAUCUUCCUCCGCCGCCUCGUCGAAGCUCCGUGAUUACUACUCCUUCGAGCCUCCUCCUUCGCUCUCCCCGGAAACCCGAACCAGCCAUGAUAAUCCACCUCCGACGAAGAAGCAGAAGCCGCGGUAUCAGCCGCCAUCUUCGCUAAACCAGUCCAGAAAGCCGAUGCACUCUGAUCUUCCUUUUGAUUUCCGGUACAGCUACACGGAGAGCAGCCAGGCUGUGCGGCCAAUUGGGCUCAGGGAGCCUAAGUACUCGCCAUUCGGACCACGGCGGCUGGACCGGAAAUGGACCGGCGUUUGCGCCCCGGCGGUGGACCCGAAAGUGAAGUCGGUCGACGAAGCGGCGGAUCAGAACCUGGAAGAGGAGAGGCAGAAAAGGAGGGAAAGGAUACAGGGGGAGCCACUUACCAAUGCUGAGAGGAAGAUUUUGGUGCAGAGCUGUCAGAGGAAUAAGACCAAAAGACAAGUCAAUCUGGGGAGAGAUGGAUUCACUCACAAUAUGCUGAAUGAUAUUCAUAACAAUUGGAGAAGUGCUGAAGCGGUUAGGAUUAAGUGUCUAGGUGUUCCCACCGUUGACAUGAAAAACAUUUGCUCCCAGCUUGAGGAUAAAACUUUUGGGAAGAUCAUUCAUAGACAUGGUGGUCAGCUGGUUUUGUAUAGAGGUCGGAACUAUAAUCCCAAGAAAAGGCCCGCCGUUCCGUUGAUGUUGUGGAAGCCUCACGAGCCUGUAUAUCCUAAGCUUAUCAAAACUACCAUUGAAGGCCUUAGCAUUGAGGAAACGAAGGAAAUGAGAAAGAGGGGACUGGCUGUUCCUGCAGUUACAAGGCUUGCCAAGAACGGUUACUAUGGCAGUCUGGUACCUAUGGUGAGAGAUGCUUUUAUUGUGAGCGACUUGGUUCGCAUAGACUGCCAAGGCCUUGAAAAGAGUGACUACAAGAAAAUAGGCUGCAAACUACGGGACUUGGUUCCUUGCGUCCUGGUAACAUUUGAGAAAGAACAGAUCGUGGUUUGGAGAGGAAACGAUUACAAGCCUCCAGAAGAUGGACAUGUAUAUAGUAGUCGGGAAUUCUUCGACGAUCCUGAGGGCGACAUGAUGACAUUUCCUGAAGACGACGAACUUCGCUCAGACUAAGUGGGGAAAUGAUGAGCGACUACAAGGAUAAAAGAAAGAGUCGGCCUUUGUUCACAGCAAAGUCAUUCUGUCGUUACACUUGCAUUAAGUCUAGUACCAUUUUCCUCAAAAGAGGUUAUAAUCAGAUCGCCGUAAGUGAAUCGCUCGCUCUCUACAACGUAUCAUCUGUUGGUUUGCUGCAUCACAAGUGCAAGGGCUAUGGUGUGAUUGUCUGCUGCGGUUAGGCUGUAUUGUGUAUAGUUAGAUAGAUAGACACUUGUCGUGAGGGGUUUACAUCAGCUGUACAAGUUCAUUCCAGGCGUCUGCUCUUCUCUGCUGAUCAUAUUUGUUUGUAGCUGUGAUUGGACCAGGGUCCGUCCAGCCCAAGUGUCUGUCGGCUGGGUUGUGGUUAGGCCGAAACUGGGUCUGAUCCGUUCCUUACGGAUAAGAACCUAGUCUGAGAGGUUUUGCAAACCCAUCCCCAUAGUCAUGGGUAAUACCCGCUUUAUAUAAGCAAUAUUAUUAUAUCUAAAGUUCAACAUAUAUGUUUUUAAUUAUAACAC